AUGGCAAGGAUUGUUAGACCAAGCAUAGAGGCUAACAACUUUGAACUGAAGCCGGCACUGCUGCAACUGAUUCAAAAAGAUCAGCUAUUUCCAUGCUCACUGAAGGAUGAAGCAAGAGAUUGGCUGCAGUCUCUACCUGAAGGAAGCAUAACCAAUUGGAAUGACUUAGCAAGAAAAUUCUUGGCUAGAUUUUUCUCAGCUUCAAAGAUGGCAAGGCUCAAGUCGGAGAUCACUGCUUUUGAACAAAAAGACAGCGAAUCUUUGUACGAGGCUUGGGAACGAUUUAAAGGAUUACUCAGGAAGUGUCCUCAACAUGGAAUUGAAGCAUGGGAGAAAGCAAGAAUCUUUUUCCAAGGGAUGACAUCCAGCACAAGAACACUGGUGAAUGCUGCUGGAGGAGGCUCCCUGAAAACAAAAACUCCUGAGGAAGCACUUGAACUGUUGGAAUCAUUAGCAUCUCAAGAAUUUGACAAGGCUCCAGUCCCAGUUGCACCAAGAAGAUCAGGAAUCAUGAAGCUUAAAGGCUAUGAUGAGGCUCAUGCAACUGAGGAUUGUGAAUACAUAAGAGCAGCGGAAAAUCCACUAGCAGAGGUCAAUGGACUCUGGUAUGAUCAGAAGAAUCAGAAUCAACAUCCAGGGUUGAGUUACAAGUCAAACUACCAGUUGAAUCCUCCUGUGCCAUUGCAACAACAACAGCAACCUCCACAAUCAGAGUGGGAAAAAGCAUUUGCACAGCUGUCCAAGACCACCUCGGACUACAUUCAGAAUUCAAAUUCCUUCAGAGAGGAGACAAGAGCCUCAUUCCGGAAUCAAGAAGCUUUGAUCCGUAACUUGGAGACUCAAAUUGGUCAGCUAUCAAGACAGUUCACUAAAAGAACUCAGGGUGCUUUGCCCAGUAACACAAUUGUCAAUCUAAGGGAGCAUUACAAUGCUAUCACCACUAGGAGUGGGACAAUAAUUCAGCCUAUAGAGGAACAACCCGAAAAAAAUAAGAAGGAUAGAGAAGCAUCAGAUGAAGAAGAGAAGGAAGAAAAGGCAAAGGAUACAAUUGAAGUUGACAAAAGCAAUCCUGAAAAAGCCGAAAAGAAACUAUUCAAGUGGGAGAAGAAGAAAGCUUUAGAAAGACAGAACAAGCCAUUAGAUCUCUCUCCAUAUGCUCGAAUCCCUUAUCCUUAG